AUGUUGGCUUGGAAACCUGUCUUCAACCACUCUGGCCCUACUGAGUUUGUUUUCCGCCUGUUCACGGCUGUCCCAGAAUUCCAGGUCCUUCUCUUCCUUCUCUUCCUCCUCCUCUACCUGCUGAUCCUCUGUGGCAACACAGCCAUCAUCUCUGUGGUGUGCACACACAGCUCCCUCCACACCCCCAUGUACUUCUUCCUGUGCAAUCUGUCUCUCCUGGAAAUCUGCUACACCACUGUUGUGGUGCCCCUGAUGCUGUCCAACAUUUUGGGAGCCCAGAAGCCCAUUCCGUUGGCUGGCUGUGGGGCCCAAAUGUUCUUCUUUGCCACCCUUGGUGGAUUUGACUGUUUCCUCCUGGCAGUCAUGGCCUAUGACCGCUACGUGGCCAUCUGCCACCCACUGCACUACACCUUCAUCAUGACCCAGAGGCUGUGCAUUCAGAUGGUGGUGGGCUCUGUAGGCCUGUCCAUCAUUCUCUCCCUACUGCUCUCUGCCUCAGUCUUCACCCUGCCCUUCUGUGGGCACCGCCAGGAAAUCAACCACUUCCUCUGUGAUGUGCCUCCAGUCUUGCGCCUGGCGUGCGCGGACACCCACGUGCACCAGGGUAUCCUCUACCUGGUGAGUUUCCUCAUGCUGACGGUGCCCUUCCUGCUCAUCUGCGUCUCCUACGUGUUCAUCACCCGCGCCAUCCUCCGCAUCCGCUCUGCCCAGGGCCGCAGCAGGGCUUUCUCCACCUGCUCCUCGCACCUCACAGUGGUCCUGCUUCAGUACGGCUGCUGCAGCCUGGUCUACCUGCGUCCCCGGUCCAGCACCUCGGAGGACGAGGACCGCAAAAUCGCACUCGUCUACACCUUCAUCACCCCCUUACUCAACCCUCUGAUCUACACCCUCAGGAACAAGGAUAUCAAAGGUGCUCUGAAGAAAGCCGUUGUCAGUAAAGCGGCCUCUGGCACCAACUGA